AUGUCAAAGGCGCCGACCAAUUGCUGGACUUGCAAACAGCGCAAAAUCGGUUGUGACAGAGCACUGCCAACAUGCCUCAAUUGUGAUAAAAGUCAACGAACGUGUCAAGGCUACGGACUUCGUCUGGCUUGGCCUGAUAAACAAGACGGGCGCCGCAAGCAAAAGAGAUAUGAAGUGAUGAGCCAGGAAGUCAUCGCCAAGUACCUACCUCGGAGCAAUGGAAGUCUCGAGUUUUUGAACACAGUUGUCCAAGAUCUAGAUGGCUCUAGGAUGUCCGUUCAAGAUCUGAUGAAAGGCGAGCUGAUCAGCAUCGUUGCCAAUGCAAUUCCAACGUCAAGAAGUCUAUUCCCGAUCAACGAGCCGGAUGGCAUGCUGCUCAACCAUUAUGAUCUGGAGAUAGCACGGAUGACAACCACGAUUGAUGACGACUCGAACGGAUUUCGUUUGGCGCUGAUCCCAAUGGCGCUGUCCUCGUCAGAUUUUUCCGCACAAAGUAUACUUCACUCCACUCUAGCCGUUAGCUGUUACCAUCUGGGUCGUCCACAGGAGGCCCUGCAGCACAAAAUUCGAGCAAUCAAAAAUCUAAGCGACAGCUUUGCCAGCUUUUGUAUUGACACUGUCGACUCAGCGACCAAAAUCAGGCAUUUUGCUGCAUCGAUGAUGCUUUGCGUCUACGGUGUCUUCGACGAGUCAGAUACAGCUUGGCAUGUGCAUUUGCAAGGCGCGCGAUCGGUAUAUAACACUAUACCAGCGGCUGUGAAGUCUGCUGCUGGGUUUUUAUUUCUCAAGCCAUGGUUCCAGUACCAUUACAUCUUUAGUCAGUACACUUACUCUGUGCAAAAUCCAAGUCCGGAGAUUAUUGGUGUACUGGGCUGCUCAACGGAAGUGCUCCAUUUGAUCAGCUGUAUUAAUCAUUUACGCGGAUUGAUACGUACGAGUGCGCUCAGCUGUACCGAGAAGUCAUCACCGAACUUUUGCAAGGGGUUUCUCGAGAUCUUUCCGGAAAUCGAGCAACGUCUCUUGCACUUGCAACAAGACCUUCUCAUUCACCCCGGCUCAACAUCUGGCACUAUCAACAACACACGCAUCGCUUUUACAGCAGAACUUUAUCGAAUCGCAGCCGUCCUUUACUUCUACCAGACCGUCCCCGCGGCCUUUAUCCCUGCAUGCAAUGCUCAAGAACUUGUCCGUAACGGGCUGAACAUCCUGUGGGAGAUGAAAGUUUGCAGCAGUCCCUGGCCACUGUUCAUCCUUGCAUGCACUGUCACCGGAGACGAAGAUCGCAUUCGAAUCCUCGAUCUUAUAGAAACUAGCGGGUCAAGCAGGCGUAUUGGAAACUACAGCAUCAUCAUCGGGUUGGUCAGAGCUGUGUGGAAGAGGCAGGAUCUGUGUACCGACGACAAGGAGAAGCGCAGAGUCGAUUGGAGAGAUUUGAUUGAGAAAGGGGGUUAUAUGCCUUCCUUCAUUUGA